AUGGAAGAACACAAACUGAGGUUGCUAAAGGACUUUCUGUCACGAGCAAAGGUAAGCCUGCAUGACUGUGUCCAACUUUUGAAGGAGAAAGAAUUGUAUCUACGAAACUGUUAUGCAGACCCCAUUGAAUUUGACAGUGACAAGUUUAUUGAGAUCAUUCUGGUAGAUUCGGCUUUCAUUCUUGAACUAUUCUUCAGAAAUUUCUCAGAUAAUAACCCAUUGCAGGAUCAGUAUGAUCAUUUUUUUGGCGGCCCAUGGAAGCUUAUACGGUUCAUUAAAACUGACAUGCUUUUACUUGAAAAUCAAGUUCCUUUUUCCAUCAUCGAGGACCUUCUUUCAUUGACAAAAUCAGAUAUUAAUCCCACAAAGAACGGUGUUCGUCGCUCUGCAAUCAUGCUAACCUACCAGUUCUUCAAAAAGAAAUUGAAUCUGAGAGAUAUGGAUAGCUCUGAUAUUGAGGAAAAAGUGGGUGAACUGGAAAUACAACAUUUCGUUGAUUUUGCCAGAAUUUAUCGCGUGCCUCCAGUGCUUCCAUGCAAAAACAAAUUAAAGUGCGUGACUACACCUAGAGCAACAAAGUUACGUGAAGCUGGAGUGAAGUUCAAGGUGAAGAACAGUGGGAAUCCUUUUGAAAUCAAAUUCAGAGACGGGGUGUUAGAAAUCUCAAGGUUGAGAAUUAAAGAUGACACAGAGAUUCUUCUGAGGAAUCUGAUUGCAUACGAACGUUAUCACUUGCACGAUAAUUAUGUGAAUGACUUUGUGUUUAUCUUGGAUCGUCUGAUAGAGACAGCGGGUGACAUGGAGUUACUGAUGCAUUGUGGGAUUAUAGAGUCAAAGUUAUCAGGAACUCAAGAAGUGGCUUCUCUGAUGAAUAACCUUUGUCCAGGAGUCACCAUGGUGAGAAGAAGGUUCUACUUCUCAGAUCUUUGCGAGAAGGUGAAUGAUUAUUAUAGAGUGCCUUGCAUAAAUGGAGGCUAA